AACACCACAAAGACAAAAUCCAUUCAGUCAUUGAAACCCAUCAUAAUUGGAAGAACAUAGAGAAGAGAGCAAUUUGCAGUAGCCAUGGAGAGGAAUGAUAAGGAUUCCACCAAAGAGGAUGAACCUAAGAUUACCUACAGAGGAAUUAAAGCCAUGCCUUUUGUUAUUGGUAUUAGAAAGACACACAACUUUUACUUUCUUUCGUUUGCUUAAUAUUGGGCUUACACUGUUUCAUUAUGAUGCAGGAAAUGAAACUUUUGAAAAGCUGGGGACUACUGGCACCCAAAACAACCUGUUAGUCUAUCUUACUACUGUCUUCAACAUGAAAAGCAUCACUGCCACAACUCUUGUCAACAUCUUUGGUGGCACCACCAACCUUGCAACUCUGCUCGGAGCAUUCCUUUGUGACACGUACUUCGGACGUUACAAGACGUUAGGAUUCGCGUCGAUUGCAUCCUUUCUGGGUAUGCUUAUGCUGACACUAACAGCAGCAAUUCCAAUUCUUCAUCCUCCUCACUGUGUUGAUAAAGAUUCAGGCGAGUGUUCUGGGGCGACGCCAUGGCAAAUGACAUUUCUGAUAAGCGGGCUUGGACUGCUUGUCGUUGGAGCGGGUGGCAUUAGACCUUGUAAUUUAGCAUUCGGGGCGGACCAAUUCAAUCCUAAUACGGAGUCGGGGAAGAGGAAUAUCAGUAGCUUCUUCAACUGGUACUAUUUCACUUUCACCUUCGCGAUGAUGGUGUCGUUGACGUUCAUCGUGUAUGUUCAAUCCGAUGUGAGCUGGGCUUGGGGGCUAGCAAUUCCUGCAUUCAUGAUGUUGAUGUCAUGUCUACUCUUCUUCAUGGGUUCUAAACUAUAUGUUAAAAUAAAACCAGAAGGUAGUCCAUUGACAGGUGCAGUUCAAGUCAUAGUGGCUGCAUUCAAGAAGAGGAGAUUAGUAAUACCAGAGCAACCGUGGCAAUCGCUGUAUAAUUAUAUUCCAACUAAUUCUAUCAACAGCAAACUUCCUUACACCGAUCAGUUCAGAUUCCUAGCAAAAGCAGCAAUCAUGACCCCGGAAGACAAAAUCGACCCGGACGGAUUGUCAGCAGCUCCUUGGAGUCUAUGCAGCAUGCAACAAAUUGAACAAGUGAAGUGCCUGGUGAGAGUGAUUCCCAUCUGGGUUGCAGGAUUUCUGUAUAGUAUUGCACUUGUCCAACAACAAACCUACGUUGUUUUCCAAGCACUUCAAUCCGAUCGGCGCUUUGGCAACACCGAUUUCAAGAUCCCGGCUGCAUCUUAUUUUGUCUUCAACAUGCUUGCUCUAACAGUCUGGAUCCCCCUCUACGACCGAAUCAUCGUUCCGUUCCUACAACGAUUCACAAAGAAAGAAGACGGCAUGGGCAUCACAUUGCUCCAAAAGAUGGGUACGGGUAUGGUUAUUUCCAUAAUCAUGACUCUCGUCUCAGCCAUAGUUGAGCAGAGAAGAAGGAACUUCGCACUUAGUAAUCCAAUAGCAGUAGAAGAAGGAAGAGGUGCGAUUUCUUCGUCGUCCGCAAUGUGGUUAGUUCCUCAGCUGACACUAGCGGGCAUCUCCGAAGCAUUUACAGUAAUUGCAUAUGUAGAAUUUUACUACAAGCAGUUCCCUGAGAACAUGAGAAGCAUCGGUGGAUCGCUUACCUUCGUUGGCGCUGCAGUGUCGAAUUACCUGAAUAGUUUUCUGCUAUCAAUCGUUCACCACAUAACGAAAGGAGCACCGACCGGGGAUUGGUUGCCGGAGGAUCUUAACAAGGGGAGAUUGGACUACUUCUACUAUUUGGUUGCUGGGUUAGGAGUUCUCAACUUGGGAUUCUUUGUAAUUUGCGCGAGUAAGUACAAGUACAAAGGAAGUAGUGACACUCAUGCCUCUCAAGUUGCCAUGGAAGAUUUGAAAUCUGAGAAGACUCUGGUUUAGUCUUGUGACCAAGAGCUUAUAGAUAAUUAAUCAUGCACCAUGUGAAUAGAUAUAUAUAUAUGUAUUUUAGUUUGCUUAAAUCAAUGAUCAAUGUGAAGCAGGAAUAUCUUAAAGUUCACCAGAUUUGGAGAAAUAAAAUACAAAAUUGAGCAAAUUUAUUUGUUCACA